AUGGAAAGCGACUGGGACGGAUGUGCUUCUGGAGGAAGCUGCGAUCCUGACGUUGUCUGCGAAAAACAGUUGUUUAGGUCCGAACUGUCAGAGUCCCUCGUUCAGCUGGCGUGCAGUCACCAUCACUGCGCUUUCCCCUUGAAUCAAAAUGAGUUAUGCGUCUGGAAUACAGCGACUGCUCAGCCAUUACUUUUGUCAGGACAUCAUUACUCAAUUUCUGCAUUGUCAUUUGGAAGUAAAAUCAACCCACUUCAUGUCUGCUCUGCAUCUCGUGAACGUGUGAUAGUGUGGAAUCUUGAUAAAUGCACACAGAAGGUGCAAGAAGGGUUAAGACCUCGAGGAGUUGUUAUUGGAACUCUUCUGGGAGCGGUACUUCAUGUAAGAUUUAGUCCGGAUGAUCAACAAGUGGCAGUAUGUGCUGGAAAUCAGAUCUACAUGUUAUGUGCAAAGAAGGAAGCUGUACUAGCUGAAUUGGAUGGCCACCUGGCUCCAGUGACUGCUGCUGAGUUUUGUACAUGGGAGAAAAGUAUGCUUAUAUCAGUGUCAGAAGACAGAACCUUUAAGGUGUGGGACUAUGCUACCGGCCAGUUAAUACAUCAGUCAGGAGUAUUAACAGCAUUUCCUUUGCUAAGUCUGCUGGUUGAUGAGGAAAAUAAACUGAUUAUCACUGGAUGUUCUGAGGGACAGCUUUGGAUCUUCAGUUUAAUCAGUGAUCAUAAUUACCGUUGUGUGACACAUAUAAACUUAAAGAAAAAGCAAGAGAAAUUCUAUACUGAAGUGUUGAAAUCUGGAAAAGAAAUAGGUGAAGGGCAAAAUACUUCCAAGCUUUGCAGAACAAAACCCAUGAGACCAGAAGGAUCAGUGGAAACAUCGUUACCUAUCCUUUUAAUUGAACACUGUGACUUUUUAGUGUGUUUCCAUAAUGAAGAAAACAUGUGUUCAGCCCUGAAUACUAGCUACUUUUGGAUAGGAAGCUCUACUGGCUUGUUAAUACUUAAUUUGGCAAACUUUGAAUUAGAAGCUUAUUUAUCUUACAAAGAUUUCAGUGACCUCAGCAUUUGGUUUGUCAGAUCAUGUGCAUUAACAAGGAAGUCAGUUAAUGGAAAGGUUUUAUGCUUGGUCACAUCAAUGUUCAAAGAUAUGAUUGCUGUGUUGGAAGUUAACCUUACUGCAUUGGUGAGAACUCAGCAGAGGGAUUUUCUCCUGUGUGGAAAUGAGAAGAAUCUAUCAGUAAUUGCCAGGUGUUCUUUACUGAAAAGUUCUCCAUUGUGUAAAGGUUUAAAGAAAAACAUGAAAGAACCUUCUAGUAAAAAACUUGGAGUGAAAAACACAGUGAAAGAUCAGCCGUUAGUUUUCCAUAAUAAAAUUAAGUCAUCAGGUUAUACAGCAGCACCACGAAUGACCAUGUUUUCCCCUGUUAAUAAUCUGAAGAAAAAUAGGCUAUCAAAGUGGAAGACCAGUUGUAAAUGUAAAAAUAAAGAAUAUCCAUUGGAAAGAUGUCCUCCAAUCAAAUAUGAGAAAGAGAUAUCUGUAACCUGUAAACCAACCCCAAUUUGUUGCAUUCAGUAUUCUGGGGAUGGAGAGAUGCUGGCUUGUGGCCUUGCUGAUGAAAGUGUGCUGAUCUUCAGUUCCAAUCUCACUGAUACAUAUAAUGUUUUUUCAGGUCAUGAUGGUGCCAUUAACUCUGUUGGCUGGAGUCAUGACAAGAAGUGGUUAGUUUCUGCAUCAGAAGACAGAACUUUAAGAAUCUGGUCAGUCUGCAGUCAUGAACCUGCCUUAAUUCUGGGUAAAGAAAAGUUCCAUAAGACUGUACGCUUUGCACAGUUUUAUUUUAUAGAUGCAUUUAUAUUGCUGUGUUGUGGAGCUGAAUUUCAUGUAUUAAGUUUCCAUCCAGAUACAACCAAGGAUGACCUCAAAAGAUACAAACAGAGAAGCGUUUGCAAAUUGGUACAGACAUUUCCUAUGGCUUCAACAAUGGAGAUUACCAGCCUUUCAGCAGUAAAUGAAUUCUACUCUUAUAUUGUACUUACAACUGGUAGCAACCGAGCACUGGAAGUUUUUGACCUCAAUGCAGGCUGCAGUGCAGCAGUGAUACCAGAAAUUCAUACUAGAUCCGCCCAUCAGAUCUGCCAAAAUAAGGGGUCAUCCUUCAGUACUCAACAACCCGAAGCUUAUAAUCUAUUCAUGACCACAGCUGCAGGUGAUGGCAUCAAACUAUGGGAUUUAAGAACUCUGAGGUGUGAACGUCGUUUUGAAGGGCACAGUAGCCGCUGCUAUCCAUGUGGAAUUGCAGUGUCUCCCUGUGGACGGUUUAUAGCCAGUGGAUCAGAUGACAAAUAUGCUUACAUAUAUGAAAUGCGUUCAAGCACUUUUUCACAUAAACUGGGUGGACACACAGAAUCUGUUAUCAAUGUGACUUUUAGUCCCUCGUCUCCACAACUCACCACAGCCACCUUGGAUGGCAAACUCCGAUUGUUUCUAUCCUGAUAUUUGCCAGCUUGUGGAUCUUUGUUCCUGGUGGUCUGAGAAUAACGACUUGCUGAGAGAAAGGAGAUUGGUAACUGGCCAUAGGCAACAGUAUAAUAUUUCCCUUUAAACUACAGUUUUCUUCUUACUUUGUUUUCUGCAGGUUCCUCAAGCUGUUUUCAAAGUUUUUCUGUUGUACAAUCUGUUACCUUUAUUACAAAUAUAAGAUCAAAAGAUCAAGAAAAGAAAGACACUACUAAUUCUGACUUCAUUCUAGCAAGUCACCAUAGAAAUGGCUUUCAGAGGACUGCUUGAGUUCUUAGUUAGGUGUAUUCUGUAUUGCUUUGCUAGACUGGAACCCCUUCAGUCUAGAUUGAAAAUGCAGGUAAAAUAACAACUUGUUCCACUUUUAAAGCUAGAUCUCCCUCUGACCAAAUAUGUAAAAGAGGGAAGAACUGUAUGUUUUUCUGAAAUGCCGUGAGAGUCCUUCUGUUACAUUCCUUUGGGGUUACUGGAAUCAGCAUGAAUUUUGUUUGAAGGCAGAAUUGUACCUCUUUACCCUUUAUACUACAUUCUAUAAAUUUCUUAGGGAAUACAUGAGAAAG